UUAUUUCUGGGGGUGUGACUUAAUCGUGCUUUGUGUAGCCAGCGAGUGUCUAUUACGGAAUAUAUUACCGAAUCAUUAAGCCAAGUUGUCGUCUUCAGGAUGAAGACUUUGGUCGCGUUCGACUUCGAUCACACUAUCGUGGAUGAGAACAGCGACACAUGGGUGAUCCGGUCCACUCCCGACCAGCGUUUACCAGACUGGUUGAAGCAGUCGUACCAAAAAGGCCGUUGGACCGAGUAUAUGGGUCGAGUCCUGACCUACAUCGGAGACCAGUCCGUGCAGCCGGACCACAUGCGCGCGGUCAUGGAGAGCAUCCCGUAUACGGAGGGCAUGAUCGAGCUGUUGACAUUCAUAUCCGAUAACAAGAAAGACAUAGACUGUAUCAUAGUCUCUGAUGCUAACACCAUUUUCAUAGACUGGAUUUUGCACGCGUCAGGGGUGCAGUCAGCUAUAGAUGACGUCUUCAGCAACCCCGCGAGCAUUGACGCGCGUGGGUACAUGAGCGUGCGCUGCUUUCACGCGCACGACUGCCAGCAGUGCCCGGUAAACCUGUGCAAGAGGAAAGUGCUCAGCGAUUUUAAAGAAAGCCAAGCGAAAGCUGGUGUGCACUACGAGAGGAUUUGCUAUGUAGGGGACGGAGGGAAUGACUUUUGUCCGAUUAAUGAUUUGAAUGAAGGGGAUAUUGCAAUGCCUAGGAAAGGAUAUACACUAGAAAAACUGUUAUGCAAGAGAAGAUCAGAGGGUUCAGCAACACCGAGGGCCAAAAUUAUGCCAUGGGAAAGUGGCAAUGAGAUCCUACAAGAAUUAAGAGCCUUUAUUCAAUAAUGAAAGUAUUAUAGGAUUUGUUAAACAAGUGAAUAUGGGGAUGGUUAUUAAAUGAGUUAUCUGUCA